AUUUACACUGUGGACAAGCCAGCCUCCCUCAGAGGUGUGGCAUCAAGAACAUCUAGCUGAACAGGUCAGUCAUAGAGGAGCCAGUGUUUUAUCGUAUUAACAUGUCAAACUGGGGGAAUGGAGACGUGGAAUUCAUGGACACAUCUGAUACCCCAUGGCGUUGGUAUUACCUAGCAGACUGUGGCAGGUGGCACAGAUUUGAGGAUGACCCAGAUAAUACUGUAAGAAGUGAGGAUGUUGAGAAAUACUAUCUCCUAAACUCAAAAUCUACUUUGGAUAUAAAUUCAUCCAACUGUCAGAGCAAAAUCGACUUCUCAGCAAUGUUACAAACAGACCUGAAAACAGGGAGGCAAAGACGGAUCCAGCGAGGAUUUAACAUCGAGAGAAGUUGUUCCUGCUUCAGCGAAGCGCCGGUCUUCUGGGAAAACAUCGACCUCACCUCACCAUACCAGUUGAUUCCCAUGAACAAACUUACCCCCGAGUAUAAGACUGUGGCCAGUUACGUGAAGAAUGAUGGGCUGUUAGACAGAACUAUUUUGUCAAUCAGCAGGAUACAGAACUUGGACCUAUGGGAAAUGUACUGUAGAAAAAAGAAACAGUUAAUGAGACUCAAAGGUGACAAAGAAAUCCAAGAGAGAAGACUUUUCCAUGGCACAAAAAACAAAAAUGUUGACACAAUCUGCAAAUACAACUUUGACUUACGGUUGGCUGGACAUCACGGCAGCUUAUAUGGCAAAGGAAUAUAUUUUGCAAAACAUGCAGCCUAUGCAGACAAAUACAGUCGGGAAAGCACAGAUCCUUUGCCAUUUUAUGGCGGAAUAACACAAAGUUCCCUUGGUCAAUCCUUUAAGAUCAUAUUUUUAGCACGAGUGCUGGUGGGUGCAUCACAUGUCGGACAACGUGAUUUCCAAAAACCUGAUCAUGGAUGUUUAGAAAAUAUUCAUGACAGCUGUGUGGAUGAUAUCAAACAUCCCAAUAUCUAUAUUAUUUUUGAUCCAAAUCAAAUAUAUCCAGAGUAUUUGAUUCAAUACAAAUAAAGCCAACAUGGGACACAGAGCACACACAGUCAACAUUUCUACCUUAAAUUGCAAUCUCCAAUCCCAAAAAACUUGAAACGUUGAGUGAAAUGUGGCUGGAUUUGUAAAUUCUUUCAACCUAUGUUCAAGUGAAAACAGCACAAAGAUAAGAUACUUAAUGUUCAAACUAAUCAACUUUAUUAAUUGGUGUUAUUAUUAUCAUCAAUAAUAAUAACGAUGAUGAUCAUAAUUAUGGAAUUUUGUGCCUGCUACAUGUUCUAAAAAAAACUUGAGACAGGGGCAAGAAAAUUCUGGAGCCCCUGUGGAAUGCUUAGGUCCCUGUAGGUUAAUUAACAUUUCUUGUCUUUGUGCAGCAUUCAGUGGCAUAGUCGGGACAUGCACUGAAAAUUUAACAUCAGCUUUUAACUGACACACUCCUGGGAUCAUUCAGAGUUAAGAACACUAUUUUAAAGACUUUUAACCAUUUCUUUUUAAAGGAGCUUAAACAAUCUCCUAAAUGAAUAAAGGCUAUGUUUACAUACGUUAUUGGAGGUGUAGGUACCAGAUGUGUCUGGGGGCCGCGCCUGCUGAUGGCGUAGCACAUUGUGAUUGGCUGUGAUGAUGUAGCACAUUUUUAUUGGCUGGAAACUCACAUUGUCUGAUAGUGAACCUGUUAUCAUUCUAUGACGCUAGCGUUGAAAGCUGACUUAAGUGUCAUAACGUUAUUUAUUCCUAGACGUUCUGUUUAUCCUGAAUUACCUUCUUUAAAUCCUCUGUAUGUUUGGUGAUGAUGCUGAGGGUGUGAGAAAAGUAAUUUUGAAUUAAAAAUUUUAAUUCUGUGACAUUUACUGUGCCUGAAAUGAUCAUGACUUGCUGUUUGCUUUUGCUGUUUGUUAGAGGGAUGAUCUGUGAUUGAUGUCUUAAACAAUAGUUUAACAAGUGCGAGAGAAACUAAUAAUUCAUUUUUGAAAAGCAAAAAAUACACAUUAAAAUAUAUUUUUUAUUUUUAAAAACCUAUAUAUUUUUCAUUACAAAUAUCUUUCUACCAUUAGAUAGUUAAAAUAUUAGUUCUUCCUACAAAAGAAAGAUCUAAGUGAUCUCUGGAUUGAUGUUGUAAAUAAACCACACCUACACUAACA